AUGGGUAAAGACAAUAGCUCUCGUAUCAUCGGUAAUAUAGAGAGCAUCUCAAACACAAAUUCCUUAUUGUGUCCCAUUUGUGAAGAAUCUUUUCAAGAUUUAGGGAAUUUAAAUACUCAUUUAGAUGUAAGCCAUGAUCUUCUAGAGUCUGAACAUGGCCAAAAGCACAAAAGUACCUCAAAUCAAACAUUACGCACCAGAAGUUCUUCCAAGCCAGAUAACCCAAGACAAACUGCUCCUUCGAACAGGAAGACUAGACCUCCAAAAGCGGGCUUUACAUUAAGAAGAGAACAUUGGGAAAAGCUCAUACCUCAUAAAAGUAAAUGCCAACAAUGUAUGAGAAUACUAACUCAAAAAACGGGAAGCAUCAACUGUCGUAGAUGCGGAAAGCUUUACUGUGCUUCGCACUGCAAAUAUGCAGCACGAUUAAAUCAGCAGGCCAAUUAUGAUGCCAUUGAUGGAGAAUGGUGUAAAUGCUGUCAAAAAUGUUUCAUGAAUAAACCUGGCUACAAGGAUUUUGGUUUAUAUGAGGAUAAAACAGAUAUUUUCAUGAAAUUGCGUAGCUCCAAUAGUCAAGAUCAUCAAUUACAAGAACUGCAACUCGAAAGUAGAUUCAUCCGAAUUAUCAAUGGGAUUGUCAAUAUUCAUCGAAGGUAUGGAAACAGUAUUUUAUCAACUAUUCGCAUUUCAAGCGAAAUUUCGAGGCUCGAGAAAUCAAUAGUUCCUUGGAAAGAUGACAAUAUGGCUCACUCUUGCCCACUUUGCUCAAAGCACUUUAGCGUCAUGUUAAGAAAACAUCAUUGUAGAUUAUGCGGCUCAAUAGUUUGUGAUGAUCAAAUUUCAGCAUGCUCAAAUGAGGUUCCGAUAUCAACACUAGCAAAUGCAGCAUCCGAUCUUCCUCUAGAAGACCUUCGUUUGGAUGUAUAUCCUAUUGAAACCCAAAUGAGACUCUGUUCAAAAUGCAUGCGGAGCAUGUUCAAGAAACGAAAAUUUCUGAAAGAACUGCAUCUGCCAUUACCACUUUUACUAAGAAAAUACGAAUCCCUUCAUAACACUUCGAAGGUUAUUUUGUCCGUAUUGCCAACAUUUGAGGAUACUCUACGGAGCGUUCGAGAGACGAAGGAAAAUCCAAAUGAAAAGGACAUCAUGGAGCUGACCAAACUGCGAAAAAAGCUUCUCGAAGCAUUUGCUAUCUAUGAUAGAAUCACGAAGCAAAUUAUGCAGUUAAAGACGAACACUUAUGCGGAGGCAAAAAUUCAACAAUCAAUAAAUGCUUUAUCGGCCAAUUUCAUACAAGAAAAGAUGCUGCCUUUGAAAUCAAUACCUGACAUUCUAAGCUCAAACUUCAGUUCCAGAAAUUCUAGUCCUGAAAGCAAAACUUCCAGCGAACUCAUGAUUAACAAUCUGACAAUCACUGAAGUCAAGCAAUAUCGGACGCAGUUGAUGGUUUUGAAGGAGCAAUUGUUUUUGGUUCAAGAAAUGGCAGACACCGCCACAAAGCAGCGUAAGUUUGACGAGGCAUCAACUUUAAACAACAAUAUAGCCGAAAUUCAGGCACAAAUAGACGACCUCACUAUGAAAUUGGGUGAGCAAGGUUUUAAUUGA